CGGAAUUCUGUCUAUAAGUACAAAAAGCCAGAGAGAAAUAAAUGGCGUAAGCGACUGGGGACAGCGGUGGUAACGAUUGCUGUACUAUCUUCUCCUCUGUCCACGCAGUCACUGAGAAAAUACUCGAUACCACGCAAGAUCAAAUAAACCAAACACUAGACGAUCUUCAUGCGAUUCUAAAUAUUCCAAACGAUCAAUCUCAACCGCUUUAUUUACAUCAUCCUUCAUUUCGGGACUUCCUCCUUAAUAGAAAAAGAUAUGAGCAUCUACACUUUGAGAUAAACGAGAAGCAAGCACAUCAAACCCUUGCUACACAGUGCAUUCAACUCAUGUCUAGAGUUUUCAAGCAAAAUAUGUGUAGUAUAGGGCGGCCAGGGCCGCUUGUGGCCAUAUGUGAUACAGGCCGGCCCGGUACGCUUGUGGCUGGCAUUGAAACCCGUCAUGUGGAGCAACACCUCCCUCCAGAGGUUCAGUAUGCAUGUAUCUAAGUUACUGGAUCCAGCACCUUCAAAAGAGCAACGUUCAGCUCGACGACAACGACCAAGGGCACCGGUUCCUACAGGAGCAUCUCCUUCAUUGGCUAGAGACCCUUGGAUGGAUGAAGAAGGUUUCCGAAGGAAUUCACGCCAUCGUUUCUCUGGAGUCUACGACAGCGUUGUAUAGAUGUCCCCAGCUACCUAGAUUUGUUUAUGACAUGAAGCGAUUUAUCCUGUAUAGCCGGUCCGCGAUUGAGCAAGCACCGCUCCAAACGUAUUGUAGUACGCUUGUGUUUGCUCCGGAGGGGAGUAUGGUGAAGAGGCAAUUCAGAGACUGCGCAUGUCGAUGGUUGCGAAGAUUGCCAAAGAUGAAUCAUGAUUGGAAUGCGUUGCUGCAGACGCUCGAGGGCCAUUCAGGGUUAGUCUACGCCGUGGCCUUCGCGCCAGACGGCAAGACGCUAGUGUCGGCAUCGUACGACAGGACGGUCAAGCUGUGGGAUGCCGGGUCGGGCGUGCUGCAGCAGACGCUCGAUAUUGGAAACACCAUCUACGCUCUCACUUUCUUCGAUGACAGUACCUCUCUCCGGGCGGUUCUUGGAUCCUUGCCCAUUUUAUCACCUCUCUCUAGUGGUAUAGGUGUGACCAGUCUACAAUAUCCAUCUUCUAUUUUUAUCAAUGACCUUUGGAUAAGUAGCCAUACAGAGCGGGUCAUUUGGCUUCCUCCCGAGUAUCGGCCACGCUUUAUUGCUGUUUAUGAGUGCAUUGUUGCAUUCGGAUAUACAUCUGGAAGAGUUAUGACCAUGAAACUUACUUUGUGAUAUUUCCCUAAGCAUUCUUUAACCUCCUCCCCGCCCACAUCCGUUACAGAUGGCGUCUUUUAUAUACAACGUGAAUAGCACGAGUGGCGACAGCCGAUG